AUGAUGUCGCUAUUAGACCAGAAGAAGAAAUGCAAGAUUUUAAUUAGCAGAAUGACCCCCAACUCGGAACCACAGGCUACUAUAGAGUCUGGAGAGUACAAUAUCCAUUACUUGAUUUCUCAGAGCAUUGUAUAUUUAUGCAUUUGCAAGAGAUCGUAUCCUCGAAAAUUGGCAUUUUCGUAUUUGAGUGAGAUUGCCAACGAGUUUUACAAUAGUCACGGUCUUGAUGCGUUAUCUCCCGCGGCUAGACCAUUUGGAUUUUCGUCUUUUGAUAAUUUCUUGACCAAGACAAAGAGAAUUUAUCAGGACCAAAGAGCUCAAUCCAACUUGGAUAAAUUGAACAACGACCUUGCUGACGUGAAGAAAGUCAUGACUAAAAAUAUAGAAGAUUUGUUAUAUAGGGGCGAUUCUUUGGACAAGAUGAGUGAUUUAUCGAGUUCAUUGAAGCAGGAUUCAUUAAAAUAUCGAAAAAGAGCACAGAGGAUAAACUUUGAAGCUAUGAUUAAGCAGUAUAUACCAAUCUUUGGUGCUGGCUUGAUACUUGUCUUUAUUUGCUACUACUUGUUGAAAAGGUAA